AUGUUUGCAACAGGAAGUCCUCUAGUUCCUUUUGGAGGAUUUAAGAAUCUAAGAGGUCCAAAUGGUCCAAGAAAGUUCUCUAUUUCGAAAGACUUUAAUAAUGAACAUUUUAUUAAGGCUCAUGCAUGCUUUAAUCGUAUUGAUUUGCCAGAAUAUUCUUCUAAGGAUAUAUUAAGAGAAAAAUUGCUAAAAUCUUUAAAAGAAUCAGGUUCAGGAUUUGAAUUAAGUUGA